AGAAAGGCAUUCUCCAUUCCAGCAAGGAUCCGAACCUGGAAGUGCUCGUGGGCUACGCAAGAUAUCCAAAUUUCACCAUGUUGUUAUCGCCGAAUAGUGUCUAUGCGGACGGUGCGAUUCUCACGUUUGGGAUGCAGUUCACCGGUUUCGUCGUUGCCGCCGUUUUGCAAACAGAAAUCUUUUACGAUGUUCUGGGAGGGAUCAACUUCUUAGCCCUGGCAGUCCUUGCGUUUGUAUCAGGACAGGGGACAAUCGACGCCGGCAGAAAUAAUGUGUUCGUUGCCUUGUUCGCGGUCAGCCGGGGUUGGCUGCUGCUGUUUCUGGCCUGGAGGGCCCACCACCGAAAGGGCGAUUCACGAUUCGACGGAGUCCGGAACGUUCCCUCCACCUUCUUUGUCUAUUGGAUGGUCCAGGCGAUCUGGGUAUAUUGUAUUUCCCUCCCGUUGCUGGCGGUGGCCGAGCAUGCGCACGACCACCAAACCGAUGCGGCAGCAGAUGCCGGCGGCGUCGACGGUUCCUUCCUGCUGCUCCUUGCCAUGGCGAUGUCCAUUGUAGCGGAAAUCCAUAGCGAUGUUGCCAAGGCGGGAUGGGUGUCGAGGGGCCGGCCCGGAGGAUUCUGUCGGGAGGGCCUCUGGAAACACUCGAGGCACCCGAACUAUGCCGGCGAGAUCCUGACGUGGGUGUUUGCGGCGGUGUACGCAACCUGUGUCUGUGGCUGGUCCUGGAAGGUGGCCGCCGUUGCAUCGGUCUCGCCGCUCUUUACGGUGCAGAUCCUGCUGAAUACCUCGGGGACGGGCGUCUGGAACGCCGAGGGGAAAAACCUGCGGCGCUAUUACGAAGACGAAACGAUCGCCGGGAACUACGAGGAGUACCGAAAGACGACACCCCCACUGUUUCCGACACUGUUCGUCCCCUACGAGAGUCUCCCGCGGGGGUUCCAGCGCCGGAUUUGCUUCGAAUGGAAUCGCUUCGAGUACAGGAAACCGUCGAAAGAGGGAAAAGAGCAAUGAGGUGAACCAGAAACCCUGCCGAUGCUCGGGGGAAAGAGGGACGAAUGAUUUGGAGUUUAUUUGGAUCAAUGAUGGGAAAGCCCUGUACAAAAUGGAUUCCCACAGAAAAUACAACACAAGAAGUACCAAUGAUUGUUUUAUCGUUCAAGUAUGUGAGAAUUUAAGAAAUGAGGAAGGGGAACGACUAGUUUACAGUAUCAUUUAUAAUCUGAAUUCGAUCACUCGAAUCGCGUGUUAGGUGCACGAGAUGUCGUUAAGGUGAAAUGUGUGUUGUGUUUGCAGGAUCGUAAAUCGAACCGAGGAAUAGACCUAGGUUGGACUA